GCUAAGCCUAAGAUGCGAUAAAUAUUUCAGCGUGGAACUACUAAACAAUAACAGGAGCAACUCAUUCCAUAUUCAUGGUCACUGCUCAAAUGUUUCCAUCAGUAUCGUAUUGAUAUUAUAGCGUUUCGAUAAAGCAAAUAAAACUACUAAUAUUCGCACAUGAGAAAUCUACGCCUGGUUCAGCAUGUUUCGUCUGUGAAGCAUACAUCUAUAUAAGAUUUAAGCUAUUUCGGUGAUCGAAUGUAGACCAUGUUUAUGUAUUGAGUCGAUAUCAGUUUUUUUUCGUUGUUACAUUCUACAUGUUGCUUCGGGGGAUAUAUUCAGAAACAUCGGAAAUGUGCAAAAUAUUCCACACAAUAUGUUUUUAAUCGUCAAAAAUUGUUUUGCAAAAAGAAUUUAAAAUGGCUAGGUUACAAUUAUCCUUAUUCACCGUGUGAAAACCAUACAGCUUCUGACAGGACUUAUCAACCACUGGAAACUUCGAUACGUUUUUAACGACUUCCUGUCUUAUCAAUACAACAGAGAGGAUGGAUUACUGUACACUAUGUCUGCUUGUGUUUGCGUCUUUGUGUAAAGUAUCGAGUGAGCCGUGGGGUGAGCGCCGUAAAGUCGAGCCCACGUUUCUUCCUACACCAACAAAUAUCACAGUACAUCGCGGUGAUCUGGCGGUGUUGAAAUGCCAGAUCCGCGACCUAGGACCGAAAGUUGUUGUUUGGCAUAAGGCAAAUAAAGACGUGCCUCUUACCAUCGGAAAAACGAUAUUCGAACAGGAAAACCACAUAGACAUCAAGUUUCAACAGAUAUCGGAAGAUGAUUCUUACUGGGACCUGUUCAUUAAGAACGUUCAACCAAAACAUGCCGGAACAUACCUGUGUCAGGUUACAGCGUCUAAACUGUACACACACUACGUCACACUCCAUGUACUCGAUAAUCCAUCGACAGUAAACGAAGACUUAAUAUUGACAGGCACCAAGUACAUAAACCAAGGGGAAACAAUUCGUCUAAUGUGCAACGUUACAGGUGUCAUCAAUAUGCUUGAUGGAGUAGACUGGUUUUUCCAAGGUAAAAAUAUAGUAACAACGGCUGCAUAUUUGAAGGGCGAGAUAACAAUCUUGAAGCACAUGGAAGGGCAUUCAUACGUCAGCGAGUUAAUAAUUGAGAACAGUUCUCUACACGACAUGGGUAUUUACCUUUGUCGAGGACCUAAUCUGAAGAUAAGCAGCAUCAGAGUUGAUGUACUGAGCGCAGUCAAACCGAACAUCAAUCGAAGAGGGUCGGACACAGAUGCAAGUUAUUCACAUGCGCGCGGACCAUUAAGCGGCUCUUCAAGUAAUCUGAUCUUUUCCUCUACAGCAAUUAUGCUAGGACUACUGCUCGGGACAUGUACUGGAAUUUCUGAGAAUAUUUUGUAUGUGUGUAUCAAGCUUUACAUAUCACGAGAUUAUGUCACGAGAUGAGAAUGCGGGGGCUUUGUCUAUAAGAUAGUCACAUCAGUGUGCCUUACAUUCCUGUAAUUGAGCAAUGCGUGUCAAAGAUAUCAAAGUAAUACAAAAAAAUGGAUUUUAUGUAUGCAACAUUAAUAAUUCCCCGCUUUGCGUGAGUGUGAUUUUUAAAGAAGAGAAGAUCACUCCAGUAAUGUUUUAAAAAGUUGCGGGACAAUAUUCUUAUUGCAAGGUGCAUGUAUAAGGAGAAACAUGGACUUGUUUUAAAGGGAUCUUUUCACGGUUUGGUAAAUUAACAAAAUUGAAAAAGUUGUUUCAGAUUUGCAAAUUUUCGUUUUAGUUAUGAUAUUUGUGAGGAAACAGUAUUACUGAACAUUUACCAUAGUCCAAUAUAGUCAUUAUAUGUAUCUUUUGACGAUUUGAAAACCUAAAAAUAAUAAAGCAUUGCAACGCGAAACGAUUGAAUAAUUUGGAGAGUUCUUUUGUUGUAAAAAUUUACGAAAAUACGAAGAUAACUUAUAUAAGGUAUAAAAUACUUACACUGUGUAUACCCGGCGGAAUAGCCGAGAGGUCUUAUGCGUUACUUUAGACUAACUCCAGGACUCCGGGGGUCACUGGUUCGCUGGUACCGGGUACCUUUUUUUUCCUUUUUUCAAAUUUUAUUCUUGAUUUUUUACUGGAGCUUUUAAGAUCCAAUGUUUACAUUUACCAAUAUAAAGCAUUUAAUGACAAACUUCAAAAUAUGCCAACAUCUGUGAAAAGGCCACUUUAAGAACUUAAAAUACUUGUUAAUGCAUUUAAACUUUGAACACACGAUCGGUGCAUAACGUCUGUUUACAAAAUUGUUACAAGCGUAUACUACUGAAAAUGUGUCAACUUGACACACUAACUGGUGUUUUAAAGAAACCAUCUUAGACGAAACAUGAUGGGUCCAAAUAAUGUAUUCAUAUGUAUGUGAUAAUUUGUUUUAAUAAAUGAAAUUAGUUGAUGAAUAUAUUCACACUUCAUAUUUAAUUUCUUAUAUGAAUUAUUACAUAAUUUUAUUAUAGUAAUGAUAUUAUAUCUAUCUCAGCGCUGAAAUGCAUCACUCAAAACCUUGUUCACUGGUUUGUCAUAUCAUUGAAACACACAUGCACACAAACGCAUUGACGAUCUGGCAUGUGCCCUCUGUUGAAUCAUUCAUAAAAACAGUUUUGCGUCGUUAUUCUCAAAUUGCACAAUUGAAUCGGACUUAUUCAGUGAAAAGCUGUUAUACUGCAGUUUGCGAGAUCGCCAGGAUUCCAACAUAACAAAACUUGUAUAUGUGUAUGGCUUAGUGUGGUAUAUGCAUGUUUUAUUUAUAAAU